GCAAUUAUUUGUGAGAAGUCAACUAAUGAAGAAUUUAUUUUCGCACCUACUGACAAAAAAGAUAGUUACAUUUUAGAAUAUAAAUUGCUCGAAAGUGGAGAUAUUAUAUUUGCUUACUCCGAAGGCAUACAAAUUUUUACAAUAAAUUCUCAAACAAAAACACUUAGCAUGAUUUAUUUUUGGACUGAUGGAUUUGAAGAAGAAAAAGAAACUGUACAUCAAUCAACUAAAAGACAACUUACUUCCUUUAUUGAAAAGAUCAAUAAAUCAAAUUUGAAAUACUUACUUCUUGCAAUCAAAAAAAUUAUUAAAACCAAAGAUACAACUGAAGAUUUGACUGAAAGUUGGCCCUAUGAUCUUAUUGUGCAACAUUUACUUGAAAAUAAAGACUCAACUGAAGACUCAACCAAAGACCCAAUCGAAAACCCAACCAAAGACUCAACCAAAGACUCAACCAAUGAAUCAACUGAAGUCUAG